AUGGAGAAGCUCGGGCUUGGAGAAAAGAAGACCUCCACGAGUUGGGAGAUGGCCGAGAGUGGGGAGUGGGUCAAGGAGUGCUCGACAGGUGCUUAUUUUGGGGAAAAGGCUGUGUUGCAUGAUGGAGUGUCCAUGGUGGCAACGCUGCUGGCAUUGGAGGUGUCGACAUUGGCGAUUCUGGACCGGCCUGACUACCAACAUAUCAAAGCCCAUGGCUUUGACGGUGAACUGAAAAAGAAGGUAGAUGUACUUUCCAGCAUGGGGAUCAUUCAGUCAGUGGUAACCAAAACAGAUCUCCGCUCGUUCGCCUAUGUGGUGAGGCUAGAGAAGAAGUCGCCAAAGUGCAGGUUGUGCGAGGAGGGGAAGGUCGCCACCACGCUCAGCAUCAUCAUUGAAGGCACAUGCAAGGUUACCAAAAAGAUGACACGCCCCAUUCCCAUGGUCUCAGUGCCUCGCGAGCUUGUGCCAGGAGUCGAUCCUUUCUAUGGGACAGAAGGCCUGCGGAGCAGGCACCACAGACCUGUGAGAUCCAAAUCUGCCAGAGUCAUGGACGUUGCCGUCCUCGGCAAGGGAGAUCUGUGUGGAGAGGUGGGCCACAGUGUGCCUCGAUAG